UCAGAUUUAUCAUUUAUGGUUCUCCAAUCUUAUGGCCCUGCACUAUUCGCAUGUGGCGAUGAUGAAAAGCAACUGGAGUAAUUCCUGGUAUCGAAUUCCCGCCCUGUAUUCCGCCUAUGGUAUCGCUAUUGUCUCUUGCAUCUAUUUCAAUGUGCUGGCAGUAAAAUACAGUAAUAGAGUGUGUACCGGCACAGUACCAGCGGCACGGUGGAGAAUGAAUCGCGCCUCUAAUCCCGAUAUACGCUAAGGCUUUCUGUAC